CGAGGAUCCCGUGGUCACUCUACGAAUCCGAGCUCUUCUUUUCAGGGGUACUGCUCAAUCAUGAGCAUAGAGCGUCAGCGGUAUUCUACUGCAUGGACCGAUCUCGAGAUAUUGGUUUCACCCCCAGCGAAGUCCGAAAGUCGUGUCGUCCUAGAGACUAUUUGAUUGCGACGAAACGAUUGGGUAGCAUCCUGCUGUGCACCGCUCCGGGAAACGAUUGAUCGCUUAGACCUGUGUGGCCUGAGACAAUACCGAGGCACUGCCCCAGAAGACAGCGAGGUUUCCUGGGCUUGUCCCGCGGGUUUACCCCAAUCACUCCGGAUUCGAGUGACCUUUGGCCAUGCUUAACCACGGCUAUCUAUCUGUGUUACGCUCGAAUUCCCCACACAAGAAGCAACAUGGACUCCAGACCGCGGCACCUUUCCACCAAUGUUGUUAGGCGGUACUACUUUGGGAAUUUGGUCUACACCCAUGGAGGCAUGUUCUGGGCCAUCAAUAUAGCACACGGAGCUUCCUAUGGUAAGUAAGUGAGGCAGCAGAGUUAAGAUCUUGAGACGACAUCGCGUUCACAACCUGGUUACGGCUCGUUAAUCAUGUCAUUGCUCCCUGCUGCGGCCGCUGCGGCAGCCGCCGUGGUGUCCGGCAUGUAUCUGGAUGCCAAAUACUCGAUUGGCAGCGACAUUGCUCAGAUGCGUGGAGCCAAGCGGAUGCAGAAGCACGUUGAGAAUCUGUACAAGGAGCACGGCGAAGACGACUGGUCAUUCUACCACGUGCUUCACUGCACAUACGACAUCAACCACCACGACAACAAUGCAGAGGCUGUGGUCUUCGAAAACCGGAGUUGGACCUACCGACGUCUCCGGGAGGAAGUUGGACGAUGGGCCGAAACGCUGCAGCGGCUGGGAGUGCGCAACCGCAUGGUGGUCGGCUUGUUCAUCAACAACUCGCCCGAAUUCAUCUUCACCUGGUGGGCACUGUACAAGCUGGGUGCGAUCCCGGCGCCCAUCAACACUUCCGUCACUGGUGACCAUAUCAAACACUGUCUCAAGGUCAGCGAGGCCGAACUGCUCAUCACCAGCUACGAAUUGGCGGCAAUCAUAAUGCAGACUUUCAACUUGACCAGCAGCGGUUUUGACGGCAACCCUUCCUGUCCACGGGUCAAGCAGUUGGUUUUGUAUGAUCACAACACUUAUCCACCACUGGAUCAAUGGCCUUCAGGGCCAGGCAUUUUGUCAGUGCGACACGACGAACUGCCUCCGGUGAUGCCGGAAAUGGGUGACUUCCCCAAGGCCACCAGGCCCAAGGUGCACCAUACCGACGCUUCGCAAUAUUUGUUUACGUCCGGCACGACGGGACUCCCAAAAGCUUUGAUCUGGCCUGCCGGGUAUAGCUUGUCAUCGACGUGUCCGACUAGAUGGCCUGGAAUGCAGAACAAGAAACGUCGCUUUUAUGUUUGCUUGCCCAUGUUUCAUGGUACUGCGACAUUCGCCGCUCUUCCCGCAACACACGCAACGUCGGGGACCAUGAUUUUUGCACGUCGCUUUUCCCGCCGCGAGUUCUGGGCUGACGUCCGUCGCUCUCGAGCCAAUGCCAUCUUGUACAUCGGUGAGAUGCUACGAUAUCUCGUCCAGUCACCGCCAGAUCCUCGGUUCCAAGACGAGAAAGACCAUGACGUGGAUCUGGCAUUCGGACUCGGGCUAUCACCUACCGUCUGGCGGGCCGUACGAGAAAGGUUCGGGAUUCCCUGGAUCGUCGAGUACUAUUCGGCCAGUGAGGCGACCACGUCACUUGUCAACUCGAACAUGAACGAUUAUGGGGUCGGCAAAGUCGCCCACUGGGGCCCUCUGAUGCGCAAUUUCGGCCAGGAUUCGUUUUAUAUUGUUCGAACUGAUUUGGAAAGCGGGGAGAUCUUGCGGGAUCCCAAGACCGGGUUUUGUAUGAAAACCAAAGCUGGCGAGGUCGGUGAGUCGAUCUGCAGAAUCACGCCGCCGUUCCAACGGAGACACGACUAUGUUGGUGAAGGUGGGAAGGAAGCCACAGACAAGAAGGUGUUGAGAGAUGUGUUUAGGAAGGGUGAUGAGUUUUUCAGGCUGGGCGACGCCUUGGUUAUAGACAAAGAAGGUUUCAUAUCCUUCCAUGACAGACUAGGCGACACCUACCGCGCCAAAGGGCACAACAUUUCCACGACUGAAGUCGAAAGCUGCUUCAGCCGCCAUCCGAACAUUGCCUCGGUUAAUGUCUAUGCCAUCCCGAUGAACAGGUAUGGCUACGACGGUCAAUUGGGCUGUGCCGCCAUCACCUUUACUUCGGACAGCAAUUCCGAAACGCCCACGGCGGUCGAAAAGGAAACCGUAGCCCAGCUGGAAAAAUGGGCCACCACCAACGAAAGCGCCGCUUUGCCCUCGUACGCCGUGCCGCGGUUCCUGCGUGUGUUGGUGUCCACGCAGUCUGCGACGAAAGAUGUUGCUGCGGAUGCCGAGCCAGAUAGAGUUUCGCCGAUCAUGAAGAAGUUGAAAACUGGACUUCGUCAAGAAGGCUUCUCUUUACCUCCUGGUAGUAAGGAUAGAAUCUAUUGGAUCGAAAAAGAAGGCUCUGGGUAUGUUCCGUUGACGAAGGAGGCGGAGCAGCUUUUGUUGUCGGGUAAGGCUAGGUUAUAGAUAUGUCAGCGGAUGAGCGCGGGUGGUCGAGAUAGAGAAAGAGAAAGAUAGAAAAGAAACACUAUGCAAGAUGUAAUCUCAAGAGUGGUUCACUGUCCUGAGGGAUCAUUGAAUCCUUGUUGUUGUCCUC